UUUGAGAAAUAGAGGAAUUUGUUUACAUCAUGAUGUCGCACAUGCUGGUGCCGAGGUAGGGAAAACUAGCUAACAGCAGCUAACUUGGCUAAUUGGCGAGAAAUACAUAAAGCUGAGAGAGAAGAGUGGGCUUAGAGACCGGGCCCGCCUCAGACUAAAGUACCGGUGGCAGCUGCUGAACAAGAACUUUGACAAAGGCCUGUUUGCAACUCCGCUACCGGGACACAAGGAAGGCCGACCGGGUGUUAAAGAGGCCGGAGCAAGAGACCAGCUUUCGUCCGUGUGCUGUGACCGGACACCGCGGAACGUUUCGGGAGUUUGACCGUGUCUGGUCUUGGUUGUGACGCUUUUUUGGACAAAAAAAAAGAAAGUGGAACGGUAUGGAAAUGUCCUGUAACGGUACGUGUCAAUUUCAUAUCCCUCAACUGUGAAUUUCUUCGCAAGACAGUAGUGCUGCACUUUGUUUCAUCUGGGAGCCUGACGCAGAUAGUCAACAUGUCGAAAAUGCCAGCAAAGAAGAAAAGUUGUUUCCAGAUCACAAGUGUAAUCCAGGCUCAGGUGGCGGCCAGCAGCAUCCCCGACGACACCGAGAGCCUGGAAGAUCCGGACGAGUCCCGGACAGAAGACGUGUCCACGGAAAUAUUUGACGUUCCUCGGACCGACCUGGGGGUGUGUGACAGGAGCUCAUCUGAGGAAACCUUAAACAACGUAGGAGAGCCUCAGGAGAGCCAGCUGCCUCACACGGGUCCUGUCAAUGGGGGACUGAAUUAUAAAAGUUUGGGCACCGGCCGUGUCACCCCACAUAAUGUAGGAGGAAGUGUGCCUGUGCCAGCUACUACUCAGCCCAUUGUUCCAAGCUCAGUCCCUGCUGCCACAGUCUCCACCAGUGUGGCUCAUACAGCUCCUGCAAGCGCCCAUUGUAGUUCCCGUUUCAGGGUCAUUAAACUUGACCAUGGUACUGGUGAGCCCUUCAGACGGGGCAGGUGGACAUGCACUGAGUUCUAUGAGAGAGAUUCAGAUUCAAAUCGGACUGUGGAUAGCAUAAAGCCAACUGUAACUCUUGAUCACAGUACAGAAAGGGACAGUGGACUAGGGGCCACUAGUAAUUCUAUUGUCACUAGCAGUGUGUUUUCCGCACAAGUUUUGGAGAACACCACGGAUAGUGGCUACUCUGUCUCUGUUGGGCUCCCCGCCCAAACCCAUCCUUCAGAGUCUGUGCAGCAAGGCUACAGCUUGGUUUCUCAGAUAGGAAGCGGAGCAAGUGCCUUCCAGCCCACAGGGUAUACAACGUCAGCAUCACAGCAACCACAGCAGGUCCAGGUCAAUGUACAGCCUGUUGCUCCCCAAACAUUCCUCUCCAACAGCCUCAAUGGUGUGCACCAAGGUGCCAUGCAACAGAAGUCCCCCAUUGUACCUCCUACCACGCAGGCUCAGCCAUUUGCCUAUUCUGCUCAUCCCUCUGGUCUCUCAUCUGGCCACCCAGACUAUCAUCAACACCACUUUGGUUCAAGCUCUCAGAAUCAACCUAUGACUUCCCUGGGUGUGGGGCCUGCAGCCAGCCAGGUACCCUCGCCUUUAAUCACCCCUGCUGGUCAAGGAGCACAAGCACUGGGUGUAGAAUCAACUUCAGCACAGGGCCUGCUGCUACAGGUGGGGAACGCACCAGCCCUGGCCCCCAUCCUUCCAGGAAGUGGACAGCAGCAGCCUGUCAGCCAGACUCAGCCUUCAGGAGGGUUAGGCAGUGUCCCUGCACCCUCCGUCACCACCGCCAUUUCCCACAGUGGUGGCCAGAACGUGCCUGCCACAGUGCCCAGCACAACCAACACCUCUCCUGGUGUGCCAAGUCAGGUGCCUGGCACAGGAGGACUUGUCCAGCUCCAGGGAGCUCAUGGAGGAGUAACAACAGGCCUUCUCUCCGGCUUCAGCAACCAGGCAGAAGAUAGUAGACAGAAGACAGAUGUCCUACCUCUGCACAGUGUCGGUGUGGUUCCUGGCAAAGAUGGUGUAAAGCCUCUCAUCAGUGAGGGCCUGAGCCUGCCCAAUCCUGCAGUCAACACUCUGUUUGGCAUCCAUAUCACCAUGGAUGUGGAUGAAGACAGUGCCUCUGGUGCUAGCGUCGUUGCCAUCGAUAACAAGAUUGAACAGGCGAUGGACUUGGUGAAGAGCCACCUGAUGUAUGCUGUUCGUGAGGAAGUGGAGGUUCUGAAGGAGCAGAUCAAGGAGCUGUACGAGAGAAACUCAGUGUUAGAGCGCGAGAACGCUGUGCUGAAGUCACUGGCCAACUCGGACCAGCUCAACCAGCUGUCCAGCCAGCUCAGCCAGGGCAGCAGCACGUCACCGCCGCUGCAGCAGCAACAACACCACCCGCUCGUCGCAAACAACACCCCCGCUCUGGCUCACCACGAGGCGACUCAGAGCGUCCCUCAUCAACCCAACAUCACCUCGGCGUGAUCUCCCUUUCCUUUACACACACAGUCAAACACACACCUCCCACGGACAGGAGUGGAAGAGCCUGUUAGUAAAGACAACAACUUCUACCGCCCCCUUAACCCCAUAAAGCAAAAGGCUCGCUCUACGUUCAGUAUGCUCCAUUUGAGGACUAAUCAACAACAGCGACAUCUUUGUUUGCCAUGAAGAGCCAUGUUUCAGUGUGUGCACGAUGCCGUCACUGGGUCUUUGCAUUAAGACAUUUAACACCCCUUGCGAAGUCUUAUUCUGGCCCUUUGUUUGGCUGCGAGAGAGCUGAAGGAGGAGGAGGAGGAGGAGCAGGGGGAGCCGGUGUGCACCAUAAAACUGCAUGUUGUUCUUGUACAGGAGACGGGAUCCAAGGGCACAGAGAGCUGAAUUUGUGGGGGCAUCAAGUGGUGUAAGGAAGUGGCGUAACCCUGUGAGGGACCAGUCAAGGGUCCCGUUAAACAUCUGGCAGGGACUGUCCUUCCGGUGUCCACACCCCACAUCACUCCAGGGCUGGAGGAGGCCAGAGUGCAGAGGGAGACGUGGGAUAAAGGAUUCGUCCUCCCUGAGCAGACGAGGACGCCAGCGGGCGCCUCAGCUUGAGUGGAGCGAGUCGAGAGCCUUGGCUUGUUAUAUGCUGCAUCAAAAGCUUGUGUUGUUUUCUCAGAGCCACCGUACUUUGACAUGAAUCAUAAUAAAUUUUCAUUAGUUCAGUUUUAGUAUUUUGCAUUUAUUUAUUUCAGGGCUGCUAUUUUCAUAAUGUAAAUGAACAAUGUCAUGGAGAUACUUAUUAUAAACACACAAAAAAAGAAACCUUUCUCUUUGGUCUUUUGGUAUUUUAGAAUCUGUCAGGUAUUGAAUUUGGUAGUUUCUCGCAACAAGUAGAUCUCAGUCAGUAGGCAAUAAGUUCCAUAAUAGAAUUUUUUUCUUCUCAUGAAAUAGUGCUAACACUAAAGGCGAGCUUACAUUAGGUGAAAAUCCAGGUUGAAUGUAUAUUUUGUAAAGUGUAAAGUAUUAAGAGGUUGGAGGGUUUGUACAGGAGAAAACCUGUUAAGAUACGAAAUAUGUAACGGGCUGUUUCGAUAAAGAAAACUCUUAUUGUGCUUUUUCUAGGCUUUCUUUGUCAGAACGAAAAAUGGAAAUGAAUUUGGGGGUUUGGUUGUAGGGGGGGGAUGAAAAGCUGUGAAAAAUUGUUCGACCUACUUUAUAACCAAAGACGCGAAGUUGUGUAAGUCUUUUUUUUUCUUCCAUUUUUAAAUGCACACAUAUUUUUUUCUACUCUCCUUCCCUAUAUUUUUUUUGUUGCUGUUUUGCAUGUUCUGCAUGAUCUAUAAUCAAACCACUUUCUUACCUCAUGUUUUUAUCCAGCACUCUUAUUUUUCUGUCAACUUGUCAGUCUGUGAAUGAUUGUGAAAGGAUUUAUGAAAGGGAACAAAGAGCAGAGAGGGUGGAGUAAGUAGCUGAUGGUAAGAAUAAAAAAAAGAACGGAGAGAUAUUUGUGUCCGUGGGAUUGAAUGGCCUUGUGCACAAAACAAGAAUGAGUAAAGGAGCCAUCUGUGUUGUUUUCAUGUAAAUGCUGUUAAAUUUCAUAUGCAGAGAAAAGGGUUUGUUACAUUGCAGAUUUUGGUGAAUGCAGCAUUUCGUUUUCAAAUGUAAUGUACCCACACUGCUUACAAAGAGAAAAAUUACCAACGAGACGGCAAUAUCCACAACAAAACAAAACCGUGGAAACUAUAAACAUUUCACACUUAAAAGCUGGAUCCCAGUCGAUUGUGUCUGAGCAUAUUAUGGGAUGUCCUGUCUGUGUCACGUCUUUGUGCCUCCUCUGCCGACGCCUGCUGUCGUCAGGCGGUUCGGUUUCUUUCUCUGUGGCUUAGAAAUAAACCAAAUUGCUUGGUAAUUGUACAAUCAGUCAUCUUUUUUCUUUUUUUUUUUUUUUAAAUCUUUUGGAUUUCUUUUUCUUUCCUUUUUUUUGCAAACGGGCUUCUUUCUUUUCAGAUUUUUUUUCUUUCAUUUGAAGGAGAUGCCGUGUACAUGCCAAAUGUACUGUAUGAACGUGAUCACUGAGCCUUGGAGAAAAUAUCUUAACAAUGCCCUUGUAAUGUGCUGUUCAGACGAUUUUAGUUUUCAGUCAAAAAUAAAUUACUGUUUUAUUAUGAGAAA